UUUGAACUCAUGAACCCGGUUGUAAGACAGCCCAUCAUGGUCUGAUAGCACGUCAAGUCGUCGAGUCAGCUAACGCAAGGCGACAGAAGGAGUCAGUCGGACUAUUUAUUUUUUUAAACACAUAAACUAGUAAUUGUUUUGAAAACGCAGCGAUGUCAGACAAUGGCGGUGCGCCUGUUGGCCUUCUGUCUUACGAGACACUCGUUCACGCAGUGUCAGGUGCCGUGGGAAGCAUGACUGCGAUGAGUGUGUUCUUCCCUUUGGACACCGCCAGGAUCAGACUGCAAGUGGAUGAAAACCGAAAGUCAAAGUCAACACCCGUAAUCUUGACUGAGAUUGCAAAGGAGGAGGGAGUACUGGCGCUGUAUCGAGGAUGGUUUCCCGUCAUCUCCAGUCUGUGUUGCUCCAACUUUGUGUACUUCUACACCUUCAACACCCUCAAGAGAGCGCUGGUGCAGGGCAAAUCAGGACCGGGCAAAGACCUGCUGAUGGGCAUGAUCUCUGGGGCCGUGAACGUGCUGCUGACGACCCCCAUGUGGGUGGUAAACACCCGUCUGAAGCUCCAGGGAGCCAAGUUCCGGAACGAGGAGCUUCACCAGACCCACUACAAGGGCAUUUUCGACGCCUUCUGCCAGAUCAUUGCCAAUGAGGGGCUGGGCACUCUGUGGAACGGGACACUGCCCUCCCUGAUCCUGGUCUUCAACCCGGCGGUGCAGUUCAUGUUCUACGAGGGCAUGAAGAGGAGGGCAGGACAAGGAAACAGGCGGAUUUCAUCGUUGGAGAUCUUUUUCAUCGGCGCCAUCGCAAAGGCAAUUGCGACAUCGGCUACAUAUCCACUUCAGACCGUUCAAGCCAUCCUGAGGUUUGGCCAGUACAAAUCAGAGGGCAAGGGAGGAUUGCUUGGAGGCCUUCAGAACGUGGUACACCUGCUGAUGGACAGAAUCAAGAGACAUGGGGUCUGGGGUCUGUACAAAGGUCUGGAGGCCAAGCUGCUUCAGACGGUGCUAACGGCUGCCCUCAUGUUCGUAGUGUACGAGAAGAUCAGUACCGCCACCUUCAAGCUCAUGGGCCUUAACAAGAAACUGAAGCACUGAUGUUCUCUCUCACACACGUGUGUUCUUGGAGAACUUACCAUAGACAGGCUCUUUUCCCCACUACCUCUUUCUUUGUGCACGCUCUCUUGCUCUCCCCUCUCGGGAUGAGUUCUAGCCCCAUCAACGAUGAUGACUUUAGUCAUGCUGUUUACUGUCAACCUGGUUGAGUGAGACGCACACCUGACUGUUAUUCCCCUGUAGGGCGUAACAUCAUUAUUAACACAGUUCAAUUUUGUUUAUUUAUGCCUUUAAAAAAUAGCGAUGCUGGACUUGG